UGGCAGUAGCCUGGGCAUGUGCUUCGAUUCUCUGUCUAGGGAGCAGCUGGAGUGGAGUCGUAUGGCACUGCAGUCGAUGGAAAACCAGAUCACCAGACUGUCAGAAGGUCAGAAUCUCGUUUCCGAAUUCAAUGAGCUGGAGGCAGUGACAGAGUGCAUCGAGUUCUACAACAAAGCAGGUGGUCGCUCCGAGGGUCUUCUUGCGGAAAACACGAAGCGGAACCGAUACUGCAAUGUGAUACCAUUCGAUAGGACCAGGGUUAAACUCGGAGCAAGAAGCCGUCCUGUCACUCCAAGAGUAAGGUCGGAUGCAUUUUCCACGAAGAACGGGUCUGCAAUGGGGAAAAAUAAUGAGCAGGGAGCGAAGGAUGGCUCCACUAGAGGGGGGGGGCAUAGGUCAAGACAAGAUUUCUCAUCCUUUCCUUUCCAUGGCCAGCCUACUGUGAAAGGCGACACAGGCUUGGCUAUAGAGAAUAGACUCGAUAGUGUCAAGAAUGGACCGGAUAACACAUGCAAUAGCCAAUCUGUAGAGAGCAGGCUGGGUAUGGAUAUGGCUUCCAAGGAUGGGCGAGCCAUCGAGAUGUCAUCUUCGGCGGUCGAUGUGGAAGCCGUAUUGAACAGGUUGUUGCACACUGCUGUGCCGACAACCGUGGAUGUAGGUGUAAGGGAGGCUUCGUGUGAGAAGUCGGCAUUGCCUAUGCCAUUGGAUGCUUCGACAGCAGCAAAGGAUGGCAUGACUUCAAAGGAUGCACGAGCUGUCAAGAAAGCAUUACUGGCUGCAGAGGCCACGGGGAAUGACUCGUGCAGUGCUGUCGGGGCAACAACAAACCUUGGGGGUACCGUAGAUCCUGGUGGUGAGGAGGCAUCGUGCGAGAAGUCGGCAUUAGCUCUUAUGCCAUUGGAUGCUUCGACUGCAGCAAAGGAUGGCAUGGCUUCGACGGAUGCACGAGCUGUCAAGAAAGCAUUAUCGACAGCAGAGGCCACGGGGAAUGACUCGUGCAGUGCUGUCCGGGCGACAACAAACCUUGGGAGUCCUAUAGAUCCUCGUGGCAACAGGGAUUUACCACCAGCUAUGGAGGCUACGCCGAGAAUGAACGAUGAUGCUAUGACUUUGAAAGAUGCACAAGCUAUGGAUGGUUUGUCGUUGACACUGGGCCCUGUCCCAUCCAUGGACCAUGUGGUACCGGAGGAGGCGGCAGCGCUGAGAAAGGACAGUAAGAAACCUGUCAAUUGUGCAUCGUCUGUAGGGGAGGCUAGGCAACCGAAGAAGGAUUCCUUCAGAACGUUGGAGCAUCCGCCGCUGGCCGUGGUUUGGAAUUGCUCAUCGGAUUAUAUCAAUGCGAGUUAUGUUCGAGAGGAGAAGUGUCCGAGGCUUCCGGUGUACAUUGCCACUCAGGGACCUUUACGCUCUACGGAAGUCGACUUCUGGCAGAUGGUCGUGGAGAACGAUUGCAACGCAAUAGUGAUGCUUACGAAGGAGUUUGAAGGAGGGCGUAACAGAUGUCGGCGAUACUUUCCUAUCGACGAAAAUGAACGAAUUGUCUAUCCAGCGAGUCACCUGUCGAUUACCACCAAGGUGAAGAAACUUAUGGGACCAAUUGUGUACAGAGAACUGGAAGUAGCGCAAUUAACACCGGCAGGAACGUAUUCUUUUGUUCUGACGACCGUCCACCAUUACCAAAUUCUCAACUGGCCGGACCAUGGGACUCCUCUGUCUUCUAGUCCUUUGCGGGCGCUGAUCCGACAGUUCCGCGUCUUGCCUCUACUCGGUGACAGCCCGCUGGUUGUUCACUGCAGUGCUGGGAUCGGGAGAACAGGUGUCUACAUUGUUUUGGAUUACACAUUGCGGAGGAUUUUGAAUGGCGACUUGGGAGCCGUGGACGUUAUGGAGACGGUUCAGAGGCUCCGGGCCCAGCGGCCCGGAAUGGUGCAAACAAAAGAACAGUAUAUGUUCUGCUUCGAGGCAAUCCGGGAGGAACUGAUGGAGCUGGUAAUGCGGACAAUGGCAAAUAACACAGUAAUGAUGGUGUCAAACCAGUCAAAUUCAUAAGAGAUCGGAAAUCGCAUAUUUAACCACCCCGAGAGGCGGUUAAUGGAAGGCCCAAAAUUCGGCGAAUUUUGGCGAAUUUUUCAACGAAACUUUCAUAUGGCCUUCCAUUAACCGCUUGUGCACGAUCAAUACUGCGAGCUGUUCUCCGCCACGACACGGGUUGAAGCAAAACAUCAUGCAGCGGUCUAUUACAAUCACCAACUUGCGUAGCUCAGUUGGUACACCAAUGAACUGUUUCUUUGCGG